AUGUGCUCCUGGAAUCGUAAAAAUUGCGAAACCGUGCUGACAGGAAUCCAGGACAUUUUCUUUACUCCUGUCUCUCCAUUGAGGACUAAAGCAGAGAGGAAUAAGAUAGGAAUUUUCAAGCUGGAUGUACGGUACAAUCAAGCCAAGAUUCUGAAGCAUGUGGCCAGAAGAACACGCUUCAUAUCCAGUGCAUGCAGCAUGCUAGUCACUCUGCUAUAUAGACUGGAGCCUUACAUGGAUGCUACUGAGGAGAGCAGCUUUCUUCAGGACAUGCUAAUGGCUAAUUCGCUGCAUGUAGUCAUCAAGCUCCAUGAGAGGCUGCAGAGGUUCAGCACCCAGAAACCAGCACCAAUCCAGGAGCACGCUGAACAUCUGGUACACCAGGUAAUGAAGGAACUGCAUGCUUUAGAGGCCAGACCUGAGAUUACGGAGUUGAUGUGCGUGUUAUCGAAACCUCACGUGCAGGACCUUCUCGCGGUGCACGAUCGCGUGGCCCAGAACGAUUACGAGCCCAAACUUCCAUCGCUGGAAGCUGACGACGACGACGAUGACGACGACGACGAUGAUGAUGAUGAAGACUCGGUCAGGAUUAUCCAACUGAUGAAAAGCAAAGAACCUCUGGGAGCCACAGUGAAACGGGACGUGUUGACUGGUGCCCUCGUCGUGGCUCGCGUUAUGAGAGGAGGAGCUGCAGACAGAAGCGGUCUUAUCCAUGAAGGUGAUGAACUCAGGGAGGUCAAUGGAGUCCCAAUGCAAGACAAGAACCCUGAGGAGAUCAUCCCUAUCCUGGCGCAGUCGGACGGGGCCGUAACCUUCAAAGUCAUCCCAGGCACCAAAGACCAGCUGGAACCGGACGACACCGAGGUCUUCGUCAGGGCGAUGUUUGACUACCAUCCGGAAAAGGACCCUGCUAUUCCGUGUAAGGAAGCUGGGUUGGAGUUCUGGAGAGGGGAUGUGCUGCAGAUUGUCAGUCAGGAAGAUGAUACUUGGUGGCAGGCAAGAAGGAUUGCUGAUGCUAACCCUCGAGCUGGACUCAUCCCAUCACGGCAGCUUCAGGAGAGGAGAGCGGUGUUACAGAGACUCAAGGCACUGUUUCAGACGUCCAGAGCUCUGAAGUUAAACUCCGACGAUGAUGAAGAAGAUGCAGAUUACGUGGCUAUACAUGGAAUACACCUCGCCGGGUUGAGGAGAAGUUUCCGGCGGAGUAAGAAGGACCGUGUAAAACGGAAGAAGAGCGAAGCUGAAAUAGAGAACCAUGAUUCCAGCUACCUGGAGGUGAUGCCUUAUGUCAGACAGCCAGGAGAACCUCACCGCCUCGUGCUGCUGGUCGGGCCCACAGGUGUCGGUGUAACUGAGCUGAAAAGAAAACUUUUUCUUUCUGAUCCUGAGCACUUUGGCGUCGCUGUUCCACACACGACCCGUGAGCGCAAGAGACAGGAGAGAGAGGGCGUGGACUAUUAUUAUGUCUCCAAACGAGCUUUUGAGACCGAUAUCCUGGAGCACAAGUUUAUCGAGUACGGAGAACAUGGCGGGAACUAUUACGGCACCAGCCUGGAUUCGGUCCGCAAGGUUCUAGCGGAGAGCAAGGUGUGCUUGCUGGAUGUGGAGCCCAAUGCUGUAAAGUUGUUGUACACAACAGAAUUCAAACCGUAUGUUACGUUCGUCAAACCUCCAGCGAUUGAACAGCUGAGGCUCGGCCGGAGAAAAGCGAAAAUCCUGGCCAGCUGCGAUGAAGCCAAGCCAACGAGGACGUUUAUGGAGGCAGACUUCAAGGAGAUGAUUAACACCGCACAGGAUAUGGAGGAUAAUUACGGCUACUUGUUCGAGAAGAUCAUCAUCAACGACGAUCUGGCCGCGGUGUUCGCUGAGCUGAGAGCUGAACUGAAGAAGCUUGAAAAGGAAAGCAACUGGAUUCCCAAAAUAUGGGCUUAAAUACUUGAUCAAGCCUGAGGUCAUGGUGGCAAGAAAAAGCAUCCCUGAGAUGAUAUGAGGAAGAAACCUUGAGAGGAACCAGACUCAGAAGGGAACCUCAUCCAAAGAUGGCGUGAUAGUCUCCAAAAUAUAUUUUCAGAAUAUAUUAUUAUUAAUUCCUUGAACUGCCGUUGCAUCGGUCAGCUUUGUGCUCGAGUCUUCAUCAGAGAACAUUUGUAGACGUCUGCAAGGGGAAGUGGUGGCUCAACUGGUUAAGGCUCUGGGUUGUUGAUCGAAGGAUCAGGGUUCAAGGCCCAGCACUGCCAAGCUGCC